UAAAAGGCUAUCCAUGGUUGGCAUACAGGCUUAGCACUAAAUAAUUUAAGCAGAUGAAAGCACUUUUAGCUGUAAUCUUGAACGUUUUGUUUCUUAGCCUUGCUAAGUCCAAGUUCCGACAGAGUUCUUGGAGACUCUUGGAGACUCAGCGUGUGCUGUCAUAGGGGUAUUAGUGUUGUGUUUGUCACAGGGAUUGAGACAUGUCAUUAGAUUACAAGGUCUCUGCCUACAAACCAAGCAGACCAAUCACGCGAUCUGUCACAAACUAUGGCUCAAUGUCUAGUUGGAUGCCGAGACAAAGACAGAGCCUUGUUUUGCCCUCAUCUUAUGGCAAAUCACUUCACGACUUGGGCACUAGACCUCUACUUCCGCCAACACCAUUAGGAAUGCCUAGUCUCCACGACACGUAUUUAAAUAGACCAUCACCAUUCAAUUUAGGAGAAGCUACACAGACAUACAGAUCCUGUCAUGACCUACAUGUGUCUCAAGGAUCUAAUCCUUUGAAAGAUGAUGAAUAUUCAAGUGCAGUUAUGAGACAUGGACGUCUAGGUCAGAAUGGAAGCUGGAGGCACCUGAAGGAAGUCAUGCAAGCUGCUGGGAACAGAUUAGUCUUUGUUGAUGGUCAAAUAGCUUCAAAAGAUGGUAUCAUGGGAAGCUUGAAGGAGAAUCAAGGAGACUUUUUGCCAACUAUAGCACCAAACAAAAAAGCAGUCAACAUGUCUAACAAUACACAGCAAGAACCCCCGAUUGCCAGAUAUGACUUGAUAGACAUCAGAAAAGGUUUAGAGAAAUAUAACUGGAGUAUUCUACGCUAGGGCAGAUAUUCAAGGGACACAAUGAGAAUUACAAAUCAACAAAUUUUUUUCUCAUACAUUUUGGAUCUUUGUUUAAAUUGUAUAAAUCGCAAGAUUACAACAGCACAUCCCCUGCCUUAUUCAACCACAAGAUUACAACAACACAUCCCCUGCAUUAUUCAACCACAAGAUUACAACAACACAUCCCCUGCCUUAUUCAACCACAAGAUUACAACAACACAUCCCCUGCCUUAUUCAACCACAAGAUUACAACAACACAUCCCCUGCCUUAUUCAACCACAAGAAUACAACAACACAUCCCCUGCCUUAUUCAACCACAAGAUUACAACAACACAUCCCCUGCCUUAUUCAACCACAAGAUUACAACAACACAUCCCCUGCCUUAUUCAACCACAAGAUUACAACAACACAUCCCCUGCCUUAUUCAACCACAAGUUUACAACAACACAUCCCCUGCCUUAUUCAACCACAAGUUUACAACAACACAUCCCCUGCCUUAUUCAACCACAAGAUUACAACAACACAUCCCCUGCCUUAUUCAACCACAAGUU